AUGUCCAAUCAAACCCCUCCCUCAUUGAAAGACCAAGCGGUCGGCCUCUUGGAUCCGGCCUAUCUGAUGUUGUGGGCAAUGUCUCAUUACAUUCAUGUUUGCAAAGAAGCCGUAUUCACCCACGGCCAGGUCUUCGCUCCCAUUUUCCAAACUACCAGACUGAGAGACGAGGCGUUUGGAAGAUUCUGGGUCGAAUUUACGAAGCCCCGCGAUGAUCCCAAUGCCGAACCAGUCGGCAGCUCGGCGCUGAUUCCGCCAAUUCUCAAAACAGCUCGCGGGGUCGUCCUCGACAUCGGCCCGGGCACAGGAACACAGAUGCCCCUUUUGCGCUCCAAAGAAAUCACAGCACUGUAUGGCGCUGAGCCGUGUCGCAGUCUGCACAGCGAGCUGCGCGCGAAGACAAUUGCCGAGGGCGUAUCUGAAAAGUACCACAUUAUGCCAUGCGGCGUCUCUGCCAAGGAGCUCAUUCCUGCUCUCCGAGAUACGGAGACCGGUGUGACUGAGGCGUACGACUCAAAGCCCGAGAACGGAGUUUUCGAUACUAUCCUCUGUGUGCGUGUUCUCUGCUCUAUUCCUGAUAUGGAGAAGACGACCAAGGAGCUGUAUGGGCUGUUGAAGCCUGGUGGCCGGCUGCUGGUUACGGAGCACGUGGUUAAUAAGUGGACGACUGCAAAGGGGUCUGUGGCUGGGAGACUUGCGCAGGCGUUUUAUAUGCUGCUUGGGUGGAGGUUUUACAUUGGGGAUUGUUGCUUGGAUCGGGAUACCGAGAAGGUCCUAAGGGAGGCUGCGAGCGUGGAUGGGGGCUGGGAAUCUGUUGACUUGGAGAAGUCCUUUGAGUGGUCGGCUAUGCCGUAUCUUUCUGGUAUUUUGACCAAGAAGAGCAUUUAA